AAGGCCAGAACGUCUUCUCGCUCAUAAGGGGCGGCUCAUCUCUUGCAUCUGUUACAUUUCGCAAAAUCUAGGCGAAAAAAAAAGAACGACAAAUCGACUAGAGAGUAGAGAUUGUGUGAGCUUUUCGGCAAGUCUCAAGAUGGUUAAGCAAAAGAUUGUCCUCAAGUUGGCUCUGGAUGAUGAGAGGAAGAGGAGGAAGGCCUUCAAGGCUGCCGUUGGCAUGUCAGGCGUGACAUCUGCGACGAUGGAGGGGGACAAGAUCAUCAUCGUCGGGGACGGCGUCGACCCGAUCACGCUGACGACCAUGCUCCGGCGCAGCCUGGGCUACGCCGAGCUCCUCAGCGUGUCGUCCGGUGACGACAAGAAGAAGGACAGCUACGGCGCCGCCUACGGCUACGGGUACGGCGGCGGCGGCGAUAAGAAGAAGGACGGCUACGGAUACGGCGGCGCCGACGGUGGCGGGGGCGGCAAGGAGGGUGGCGGCUCCAAAGGUGGCGGCGGUGGUGGCUACACUCAGUCCCAGAACGCGGUUGCGCCGACGUACCCCGCGUAUCAGCAGUACAACGCCAUGCCGUCCUACCCGGUUUACUCCUACCCUGCUCCUGCUUAUCAGCAUCAAGAACAAGAUCCCGGCUGCAGCAUUAUGUAGUACUAUAGGUGUUAAUCAAGGAGAGAUGUGGGUCGGCGAGAUCCGGCGAGUUGCGACCUAUGUGUUCAGGCCAUGAUUGAUGGCCUGACUCAGAAGUUGGCUCAGAGAGCAGAGAGAUGUUGGCUGCCUGAGCACUGAGCAGUACGUAUGUACAGUACAUGUUUGUUGGAUCAGCAAUGGUGGUUUGGAGCGUGGUAACCGAUUGUACAGGAGGAAUGAAUAAAAGGAAACUCGGGUGUUUGCAAGAAA